CCUGGUCCGGGAAGAUCCCACAUGCUGUGGAGCAACUAAGCCCGUGUGCCACAACUACUGAAGCCCGUGCACCUAGAGCCCAUGCUCUGCCAAAACAGAAGCCAGCACAAUGAGAAGCCCGUGCACCGCAGCAAAGAGUAGCCCCCGCUUGCCGCAACGACAGAAAGCCCGAGCGUAGCAACAAAGACCCAAUGCAGCCAAAACUCGCAGGGCUUCAGGCCAGGAUCCCCGGCGAUGUUACCACGAAAUAGGGGAUCUGCCCGCCUCCGGCCUCCCCCGGCGUACCCUCGGCGAGCAAAGAGCGACACCUGGAGAGGCGCGGCGGCCCGCACCUUUGUGGAGCCGCCAUUCCUCUCCGGAGACGAUUAAGGGUUUUCUGAUCCGAAGGAGCCACCGAUUGUCAGAGAGAGCCAAGAGCAGGCGGGACACGGGACGCCCUCCUAAGCUCCAGAGAGUUCCCUUCCUCGGAGACCAGCAGAGAGUGGGCGAACAUGAAAUCCAAUCCUGCCAUCCAAGCCGCCAUCGACCUCACCGCGGGGGCCCUUGGGGGCACAGCAUGCGUCCUGACCGGGCAGCCCUUCGACACAAUGAAGGUGAAGAUGCAGACGUUCCCUGGCCUGUACAAGGGCCUCGCCGACUGUGGCCUGAAGACGUACUCUCAGGUGGGCUUGCGGGGCUUCUACAAAGGGACCGGGCCAGCGCUGAUGGCCUACGUCGCCGAGAACUCAGUCCUCUUCUUGUGCUACGGCUUCUGCCAACAAUUCGUGAGGAAAGUGGUUGGAUUGGACAAGCAGGCGAAGCUGAAUGAUCUGCAGACUGCGGCCGCCGGUUCCGUCGCCUCUGCGUUUGCCGCGCUGGCCCUGUGCCCCACUGAGCUCGUGAAGUGCCGGCUGCAGACCAUGCACGAACUGGAGAUGUCAGGGAGGAUAGCAAAAAGCCAUAAUACAGUUUGGUCCGUCGUGAAGAGUAUCCUUAGAAAGGAUGGCCCCUUGGGCUUCUACCACGGACUCACGAGCACUCUAUUUCAAGUAGUACCAGGCUAUUUCUUCUUCUUCGGUGGCUAUGAACUGAGCCGAUCGUUUUUUGCCUCGGAUGGAUCAAAAGAUGAACUAGGCCCUGUCCCCUUGAUGUUAAGCGGUGGAAUUGCUGGAAUUUGCCUUUGGCUUGUCAUAUACCCAGUGGAUUGUAUCAAAUCCAGAAUUCAGGUUCUUUCCAUGUUUGGAAAACAGGCAGGAUUUAUCAGAACUCUUUUAAGUGUUGUGAAAAACGAAGGAGUAGCAGCUUUAUAUUCUGGUCUGAAAGCUACUUUGAUUCGAGCGUUCCCUGCCAAUGCGGCACUAUUUUUGGCUUAUGAAUACAGCAGGAAGAUGAUGAUGAGCCAGUUUGAAGCACACUGAAGUGUCUUGGUGAAUCUGGAUCCAAGUACACGCCUUUGAGGACUAUAAUUUAACUCAGAGUUUCAUGGAGCACUGGACCAGUGUGGUAUUAUUUUUGACUUCAUGGGAACUUUGCUUUUGUCUUCCCUGCUUAUAUGCUAAAUCUUAACCUUUAUGGAAGAACCUCUACUUUAUAUCAUAUAAUUUCUGCCCAUAAUUGUAUUGAAAUAGAAAAGUUGCUGCUCUUGUGUUUGGUGAGAUAAUACAGGGUGAGUGGGUGGCCGUAUGUACCUAAUCUGAAAAGCUAAAUAUAGUUGUAUCACCGGGCUUUUGCAUAAAUCUACACAUGUACAUGCAGUUUGUUUGCUUAUAUGUUGUGAGUGAAACACAGUUUGGUUUCCAUGUUUAAUCUCAUGUCACCAGAAAA